GAUCUUUCUUUUUGUUAAUUUUGACCAGGAUCCUUUUACAAACAUUUUUUUUUUUCAGAUAAAAGCAAGCAGAAAAGUUUUCUUCGACCACAGAAUAACCAUUUUCCUUUUCUUUUUCAUGAUGACAAGCAGAUGACUCCUCCAAAGCAAAAGUCAAGAUUCAUCUUCUAUGUCUUCAAUUCAUUGCUAUAUAUACCUCUUUUUAUCAUAAGGCUUCAUCAACCAAAUUAAGUGCGCAUCUUGCAUAUAUCUAAUUGAAGAUUACAGAAAGAAGAAGAAAUUUAAGUACUUGAAAGUUUAGAUAUGAUGGCAUCCUUUCUUCAAGAACUUCUAAUUGGAUUUCCAUUCACCUCAGCAGCAUACGUGGGUGAGAAAUCAAAGAGGUACCUGCCAGAUCCUGCCACCCAAUACAACACAUCUACCACAAGCUCAGAGCAAGGUAGAGUAAAUUCAGUUCUUACCGGGAUGAACAGGCUUGGGAGAAAGACUAACAACUUGGCAACUGGGCUCAAAGAACAUGUAAAACUUGGACCAAAAAUAACUGAUACAGUAAAAGGAAAAUUAAGCUUAGGAGCAAGAAUUCUUCAAGUUGGAGGAGUCGAAAAAGUCUUCAUGCAACUAUUCAGUGUAAAAGAUGGUGGUGAGAAGUUACUAAAAGCAUGCCAAUGCUAUAUAUCAACCACAUCUGGUCCUCUAGCAGGACUCCUAUUCAUAUCCACCGAUAAAGUUGCAUUUUGCAGUGACAGAUCAAUCAAGGCCUAUUCUUCAAAGGGUCAUUUGAUCAGAAUUCAUUACAAGGUUGUGAUCCCACUUGAAAAAAUAAGGAGCAUUAACCAAAGUCAACAUGUGAAGAAGCCUUCCCAAAAGUACAUAGAAAUAGUUACAGUGGAUAACUUUGACUUCUGGUUUAUGGGUUUCUUAAAUUAUCAGAAAGCUUUCAAAUACCUGAAGCAGGCUAUCUCUCAAGCUCAAGCGUAGAGAAAGGGAAGAGAGUAGAAUUUUACUUUACUCAUUCUCAUUAUUUCUUCAUCGGUAAUUAUUGUGUGAAGCCACAAAAGGCCAAGCACAAGCACAAACAUACGUUGUACAUAAUCUUGUUGGCAAAAAGAAAGCAAAUUGUUUCUUCAA